AGCUCAAGUCGCGACUUGCAUCUACUUUAGAUCAACACUCAACCCCACCUAUUUAACAAGGUCGAACAAAAUGGCUCCCAAGGGCGGUAACGCAAAGAAGGAGGGUGGCCGAGCCAAGAAAGCUGAGAACGAGGAAAAGAAGCAAGCGGCUGCUUCCAAGGCCAAAGAGGCCAAGGAAGCUGAUGAAUGGAAGGCUGGCGCCAAGGGUAGCUCGAAAGCCGAUGCUGCUGCUGCCAAGGCUGCUGAAGCAGCUCGAAAGAAGGCCGAGAAGGAAGCCCUGCUCGCCGCCGAAGAAGCCUCUCUUCCCAACAAGGGCAAGUCCGCCCCUAAAGCUGGCGCCAAGAAGAAGAACAAUGACAAGCUUACACCGACCGGUCUCGGCGUGGCCGGCUACGCUAUCAACGACCCAUUAGGGUUGAGGAAGCCGAAGGGCGUGGAAGAGGAGGAGACGAAGGAGCUGAGUGCGAAGGGCUUGGAUGAGAUGUUGGAUGCCAUGGAGAUUGUCAACCAAAAGACGGAUAAGGCUGCUGUCGGUGCCAAGGCCGAAAUCAUGAUUGACGCGCAUCCCGAAAGGAGAUUCAAGGCUGCAUUCGAGGCCUACCUUGAUCGUGAAAUGCCCAUCCUCAAGGAGGAGCACAAGGGGUUGCGCCAGAAUCAGAUGCGCGACAUCCUCUACAAGCAGUUCCAAAAGUCUCCGGAGAACCCUUUCAACCAAGCCAAGAUUGCAUACAAUGCUACUAGGGAGGAGAAGGUGGAAGCCUACAAGGGUAUGAUGGAACAGCGGGAGGCCAAAUUGUCGAGGUUUGACUAGUUGGGCGCGGGACUGUCCAGAUCUCAGGCUGGAGCUGAUCGCAAGAGUCAAGCUUUAGCUGAUGUUUGCAUUGGUGAAGUAGAGUAGAUAUCAGAUGUCAUGAUGUACUUCCAUCCCGACCAUGGCUGACAGUGGCACUGUCGAGAAUCACAUUCCGAGGGUUGAAACACCGCAUAUACCACAGCUCUUGCUCAAUCGUGAAUCAAUGGUAUCGUACAUGUCGUAUCAUACAACAAUCCCCAAAAUUGUGCGCCGAAGCAAUCUAAUCGAGGGACAUGCCCAUACCGCUGCCUUCGGCGGGUAUCAACCGACUCUCCUUCUUGGC